AUGUCUCUGUCUAAAAUAGCAGAUUAUACUCAAAGAGUUGUGGUAAUUGGUCUGGCAGGACUAGCAGUCUGGACUAUGUAUGGUGCAACAAUUUCCGCCAUAUCACGAUUAGAAAAAGUGAAGCAAUUGAAAACGAACGAAGAACUGCAACAGAUUAAAACGGAUGCAGGAACGUACGUUUCCGACGAGUCUUCGUCAUCUUCGCCAUCAUCAAAUACGUAA